UGUUAUUAAAAAUGGCCGCCGCCUGUGAUCUCAAUGCGGCAAAAAAGAACUUACAAGAAUCUUUAGGCGAUCAUAUGAAAAUAUAUCUACAAAACCUCAAGUCAUGGUUUAAACAAAAAAUCUCAAAAGAAGAUUUUGAUUUGGAAGCUCGUCGUCUUUUGUCAGAUGACGCAGUCCAUCUUCAUAAUGAAUUCCUUCUGGCCAUCAUUGCUCGCUGUCAGACUCUCACUUCAUCAUUAGUUCCUAAAGAAAGCAGUUUACUUGGUAAAUCUGCUAGUGACCAAUCAAAACAAUCCAAACCUCCCAGACAAAAGUUUCGCAAACGCCCUCCUAGUUCUCGAAGCACAUUCCAGCAACGAUUUGUACCUGCUAAUCCAGUAGCUCAUGCACCAGAAGUUAACUUUAAAGGAGCAGAAGAUAUUGUGUUUGCUGCACGAGAGUUGUCUCUCCCUGACAUUACAAUGGUACAUGGCCGUAUGUUGGUGUGUGCGUGGGAGUCGGGCCUCGAGGAUGUGUCGGACAUGGCAGUUAGACUGGUGAUGCAAUCUAUAGAGAACCAGCUCAAAAAUUUGAUUUCACUUGUGCUGUCUCAAAGGAGUGGGUACAAGCUAAGGGAGAAAAAAUUCAGAUUUGCUGUCGGAACACAAGUAAAAAAUCCAUACCUUAGGCAUGCAAACUUGAUUGAAGAUGAAAACACAGAGAGUGAGGCGACAAUGAUAUCACAGACUGGUAACCAUAUUCCGAGUCGGAAGUCACCACUAGAAAUAGGAGAGGGGGCAGCCGCAGAACAGCUGGCCUCAGCCAAUCAGCCGGCGUAUAAAGGGCCUGUUUCCCUGUUUGAUCUGAUCCAGUCUUUACAGCUUUACAAAAGUGCCAUUCCUUCUCAUACAGUAUACUCUGUGGCUAUGGAGAGGGUCAUCCAUCGCCUGUGGCACCCAAGUCACGAAGAAAUCAAUCAGCACAUCAUACAUACACAGGAAAUGGCUUUAAAACAACAGAUGUCCACCCCGACGUCUAGUAGUCAGGCAACAAGUGGCCAACAUCUUUCAUCAAAACAUCAUCAUGGUAAACACCAUCAUCAUCACCACCAUCACCAUCACUAGAUCUGAACACCACGCAGGCCACCACAAGGAUUCUUCUUCACAUCACCACACUGAACAAGUCAAAUCAGAAAAUGUCAAAUCGGAACUCCUGAAAUCCGAAAAGUUGGAAAACCAAUCUGUAUUACAGCUUAGUGGAGAGCCCAAGUCAAUAGGACUUCAUCAUAAGCUUGAGAAUUCUUCCACAGUGCAGAUAAAAUCUGAAAACAUGUCACCAGUUCAUGUCAAAUCUGAGAAUUCAGCACCGCUGAGGGCAGACCAGUUAGCAGGAGCAAAUCUUAAGACUGAGCCACCAACGAUACCGGGACAGCUUCUUGCCCAGCACCUAACUGGUGGAUUUACAGGUUUAAAAUCAGAACAAUCUAGCCAGCAAUCGAGAACUGAGACACCUGGUGGCCAACACAAGACUAGUCACUCCUCUCAAAAUUCAGGAAGCCAUCAGAUGACCAGUAGUCAGCUCUCAUUGUCAGAUGAUGCUAUGGACUUUAUGGAUGACAGUUUGCUUGACCAGCAACUGACCAGUCAAUUCUCCAGUGGUGGACAAGGCAUGUCCAGACAGACCUCUCUUGAUCAAAGUCUGGCAGAUUUUUUCGCUGUACAGUUUCCUGACAAUACUUGAUGUUCGCUCAACUAUUUCAGUGUUUUUGGUUAAAUUUUUCAGAAAAUCUUAGAAAUAUGGAAAAGAAUUUCAAGGUUUUAGAGAGGUUGGAUAUUUACCUUUGAUUAGAUUGUACAAUAGACUUAUUAGUGCAAAUGUUCAGUAAAGCACUAGUGGCAAGUGUUAAAAUCUAUAUUGUCUUAUCAGAGACUUUCAAUGGGACUAACAAAUUUCGUUCACAUGUAUAUUUUUAUGGGUAAAAUUUCGGGAAUUGAUAUUUAAUUUGAAGAAGAGACUAAAAGAAUAUUACCCCUCCUAGAAAAUGUGACAAAGAAAUCUCAACUAAAGGGGCGAGAUUCUUGAUCUAACCCGAGGCUGUGCAGAGGGUUGGACAUUUAUCAUUCUCAUCUCAAAGUUUGGUAUUUCUUUAUUACACUUAAGACAGAUUAUUGUUCUAAUACACAUUUCCUUCAAAUUCAUUUGCAUCUUUAAGUCGGUUUGGAAAUAAAUUCACAUGGUCGACAACAAUGCCUGUCAAGGCUGAGUACCUCUUUGAAAGUUUCUAUAGCAAUAGCAUUACACAAGGAUAAUGUAGGUCUCGAAUAAUUCAGUUGUUUAUAAAAAAUUGUGUAGAUUAAUUUCCAAUUUUAUACUGCUUUAUGCAAUAUUAGUAAAUGUCCAGACUCUGUUUGCAAUAAAGCCUUAUUUUAAGCAGGUAAGAAUUGCUCAGGAAAUAUAUGUUUUUCUUUU